AUGUUCCGCGCAACAACAAGGACUCUGAGAGUCCCAGGCUCGGCGCUCAAGCGAGUACCAGUCGGUGUACGCUUCUCAUCUACGCAGACUUCAACAUCGGGCAAUGCGAAGUUCGUGUGGCCAGCGGCAGCCGUUGUCGGAGUUGGCUCUGGAGCAUACUUCUUCAGCAGCAAGAGUACCACAAAGACCCAGGCUCCAAAUGAUGGUGUUCCCAGCUUGAGCGAGUAUCCAACAGAAGAACAAAUCCCCGUCAAUUCACCUGUCAAGUCGAUCAUUCUUGAGGAUGCCAAUGCCAAAUUACGGGAGGACGCCCAUACCUUUGUGUUUGAGGGACACGGAGGCACCAAGGGACGCGUAGACUUUGCGCGUCUGGGAAGCAAUAAUCCCAUUGAGGAUGACUGGGACCUUAAGAUUGCGAAGGGUGUUGGGGGAACGAAGACUUUGUACGCUGGUGUUUAUGAUGGACAUGCAGGAUGGGCGACUUCUCAAGUGUUGAGGAACGCUCUGGUCCCGUACGUAUCGGGCGCUCUGUCAAGCCUGACGCCUACCAGUUCCAGCGAGAUGGUAGACGAUGCGAUCCAGAAAGCUUUCGUCCGUCUUGAUGACCGUAUCUUUGACACCGCCCUCAAAGCUGUCGAAUCCGGACAAGACCAAGGGUCUGCCUCUGUCAUUUCUGCUGUUGCACCCGCCAUCGCCGGAUCAUGUGCGCUUCUAACCAUGUACGAGCCUACCACUUCGACACUCCGCACUGCCGUCGCAGGCGACUCACGAGCUGUUCGUGGUGCGUGGUCUGCUAAGGCGAAUAAGUACGAGACAGAUAUUCUGAGCAUCGACCAGACUGGCUUCAAUCAGCUUGAAGUGGAGAGACUGGACAAGGAACAUCCCGGACAACUCAACAGCAUGCUCAAUCUCAACUCGGGACGCUUGUUCGGUCUUGCUGUUACAAGAGCGUUUGGUGACCACAGACUGAAGUGGCCCGAGAAGGUCAUUCGCAAAGUCCAGGACGAUUACUACGGCACUCCACCCCGACCCAAUUACACCACCCCUCCAUACUUGAUAGCCCGUCCAGAAGUUACAACCAGAAAGAUCCAGACAGAAGACUUUGUUAUUAUGGGCUCCGACGGACUCUGGGACAUGAUCAGCAACGAAGACGCCGUGACAUGCGUUUCGCGCUGGUUAACUGCCAAGAAGAGCGGCAAGCCUGAGGCCUUCAAGGAGACAAAAUUCGAGGGCAAGCUGGAAGAUGGAUGGCAGGCUACCCCGGACCAUCAGGUCAUUGAGGAUCUUGACAACGCGGCUGUGUGCUUGGUGAAGAACGCAUUUGGAGGGUCGAGACGGGGCUUGUUCCUUGGAGCGAUGACGACGUAUGCGCCCAUGAGCCGCAAUGUGAGGGACGAUAUUACUGUGCAGGUUAUUUUCUUCAAGGAUCCUUAUCAGAACAAGUAG